UCUUUUUCACACUAUUCCAUCUCUGACGGCGUUCUCCUGUUGAAGCUCCGUCUCUGGCUCCCUUUCUGAAUCUACCAUAUUUGAAGCUCUCAUAUCUAUUGAAGGGCAACUAUUCAAGAUCAAUAGUUACACAGAUGGGUAUGCCUUCGCCUCUUCAUACAAACUUGCCAUGAAUGAGAAGAAGACAAGAAGCGUGAGAGGUCAAGGAGUUGUUGAUUCAAGCUUUUCUCUGGCUGCACCACCAAUUGCUCUGUUAUUCUGGGUUUCAAUUGGGUCUGUGCUACCAUAUUUUAGUUCCAUGAUUCAAGUUGGGUCUCAACUUUCACAAGAGAUUGUGCAAAGGGAAAUGCAGGACAAUUUUCCUCAGAUAUGGAGGUCUCUUUUCUCCUUUUCAAUACCUAAGCAGUGGAAACUCUGUUGCCUACCUUCAAAUCUGCUAAAUAUGCAUAGUAUACAGUAUUUGUUAAGAGUCUAUGAGACAAGGAUGGAACUUUUGAGAGCUGUAAUUGUUGGAGCUGGGUACUAUUUUGUCAUCGCUAGCGGUUGCUAG